ACUGUAAAAAGUACGCAAACCCUCCCAUUGUGCUCAGUCUCCUAUAGAUGCAUCGAGCCCUAACAAUCGAGAACAAAACGCUGAAAGGAGAAGAAGAAAACUAGGAGGUACCGAUCAUGGCGUUCUCGUCUCGUCUCUUGUCCAAAUCCAGACAGUUGUAUGGCAGUCAAGUCUUCUCCCAGCAGCAAUGUGCUAUUCCAGUUCGUUACUUUGCCAAGGAAGCUGCUCGUCCUGUUCUUAAGGGAGAUGAAAUGUUGAAGAACAUCUUCUUGGAGGUUAAGAAGAAGUUUGAGACAGCUAUGAGUGUACUUCGCAAGGAGAAGAUCACCAUAGAUCCUGAUGAUCCAGCUGCAGUAUCUCAAUAUGCUAAGGUCAUGAAGACUGUUAGAGAGAAGGCAGGAUUGUUCUCAGAAUCUCAAAGAAUCAUGUAUACUAUCGAAACUCGAACAGAAGGAAUUCCUGAUGCCCGAACAUAUUUGUUGACACUGAAGGAAAUACGUAUCAAGAGAGGGCUCACUGAUGAUCUCGGUGCUGAAGCUAUGAUGUUUGAUGCAUUGGAGAAGGUUGAAAAUGAAAUAAAAAUACCUCUCAUGAGGAGUGAUAAGAAAGGAAUGUCCCUUCUUAUGGCAGAAUUUGAUAAGAUUAAUCAGAAGCUGGGUAUUCGGAAGGAGGAUUUGCCAAAAUAUGAAGAACAGUUGGAACAGAAAAUUGCCAAAGCACAAUUGGAGGAGCUGAAGAAGGAUGCUCUUGAGGCCAUGGAAACCCAGAAAAAGCGGGAAGAAUUCAAGGAUGAGCAAAUGGUGGAUGUCAAGUCUUUGGACAUCCGGAACUUUAUGUAAGAGUUGGAAAUCUUACAGUUUGCUUUUGAGUUGUUCUGCAUUUCGAGGGAAUGGCUUUGCCAACAUUCAAUGUUAAAGGUGUUGGAAAUUCCUCUGUUUUGCUUUGCAAAUAAAUAGCCAUUCAGUUGGUAAAUUCGAAUACUAUGGCACCCGAGAAGAUGUCAUGCUACUUUGUUAAUUUUAACUAAACUGUAUCGCUAAAUGGUGGCGAAACCGUUGUAGUGCAAGUGCCAUAAAUUUUAAUGGACCGGCCAUGUCCUGUCUUUUGACAAGGUUUCUUGUAUUCAACUGUUUCUAUUUUUUGGUUAUGCGGUUUCUAAUAUCUACAAGCUGAAUUGAAAAC